AAAUUGUCUCUCAAGAGGAUUGCCACAGGAAAGGAAGACCCAGUGUUACCUCUGCUGCAGAGGAUAGGUUCAUUAGUUACCAAACUCAGAAAUCGGCAAUUUACUGCACCUCAGAUUGCAGCCCAAAUAAAUGCUUCACAGAGUUCAAGUAACAGACACAACUCAACAUCAACUGUUCAGAGACUGUGAAUCAGGCCUUCAUGGUUGAAAUGCUGCAAAGAAACCACUACUGAAGGACACCAAUAAGAAGAAGAGACUUGCUUGGGCCAAGAAACACGAGCAACGGACAUUAGACCGGUGGAAAUCUGUCCUUUGGUCUGAUGAGUCCAAAUUUGAGAUUUUUGGUUCCAGCUGCAGUGUUUUUGCGAGACGCAGAGUAGGUGAACGGAUCUCUACAUGUGUGGUUCCCGCCAUGAAGCAUGGAGGAGGCGGUGUGAUGAUGUGGGGGUGCUUUGCUGGUGACAAUCUCAGUGAUUUAGUUAGAAUUCAAGGCACACUUAACCAGCUUGGCAACCACAGCAUUCUGCAGCGAUUCACCAUCUCAUCUGGUUUGCGCCUAGUGGGACUAUCAUCUGUUUUUCAACAGGACAAUGACCCAAAACACAUUCCAUGCUGUGUAAGGGCUAUUUGACCAAGAAAGGGAGUGAUGGAGUGCUGCAUUAGAUGACCUGGCCUCCACAAUCACCCCGCCUCAACCCAAUUCAAGUGCUCAGCAUAUGUGUGAACUCCUUCAAGACUUUUGGGAUUCUCUGUGGAAUGCCCGUGUCAUGAUGCAGUCUCUGAGUCUCACCCCGCACCCAGGUGACGAGGGAGGGUGUCUCCGGCCGUCGGCCAAUCACAGAAGGUGCUUUAGGAUAGUCACUUCCUGUUUGUGUUCAUCAAUACUUCCUCUCGGAACCCUCAAGCCUCACUGACGUCCCGCCCCCUUGGUGCUAUGCGUCUCUACUUCCUGGUUUACCGUGUGCUGAUGAUGUCACAGAAGGAAGUAUAGGACCUCUCUGCCUGUAGAACAUCAGCCUCCUUGCACUUUCUAGAACUUCCUGUUUCCUGCUGCUGCUUGACUACCUGUUAAAUUGCACAACAUCUCUCAGACACUCUUAAGGCUCUGACCUCUAACCUCUGAACCCAAGCAGCCAUGAGGCACAUUCAUGUAGAUCUGACACGCAGCAGCAAGGAGGAGCUGGCUCCUGUGGAGCUUCCAUCCCACAAGGGGGACCUGUCUUCUCCUGCAGCCCCCUCACAGGGCCCUGAUCCUGGGGUGAUGGUUGGGGUUUCCAGACACAUUGGUCAGGAGCAGCUGCGUCUCCAGAAGGUCUACCAGCUCUCUAUCUUCUCCCAGCUGGGGGGGUUCUCAACCUCUGACCCCCCCAGGACAAGUGAGGCCCAGCCGGGACAGGCCCCUCGGAUAGCCAGGCAGGGGGUCAAGAGGGGCCUGGAGGAGCCCAAGCUUAGCCACAAAUGGCCCCACCUGGCUGGGGACACAUACAGAGAUGGUGACACCCUGGAAGAAGGGGUUCUGUGUGGGCCAGGACCUGGGGUAGGGGUUGGGAUGGGGGUAGGGGUAGGGCAGGUAUUCUCCUGCGUCAUGGUCGAUCACAGAGACUCAGAUGGGGACCUGUCACCUAGAUCCCCCCCACCUGAACCCCUCUCCCCCGGCCACACCCCCGCCCGACGCCCCGCCCAGCACAACCAUGACAGGCCCGUCCCGGACCCGUGGGCUCCGCUGCCUCCCCACAGCCCCCCUGGCUCCCGCAGCCCCUUACCCAGCACAGAGCCUCCUUCUGAUCCUGGAGGGUCUGGGACGGGCUGCAGUAGUGGCUCCUCAUCGGGACAGCGUCAGCCCAACUCCUGCAGUGAUGAGGGUUCCUAUUGGGCCCCCGGAGUCUUCGAAACCCCCAUCCACCCUGGACCUCCCCUCUCCCCCCACUACCUUCUCACCACAGACCCCAAGGGUCCCGGGGAGGGCAGUGAGUGUGGGGCCAAACUAGAAUCCACCCCGCCCCGUCCCAGUACCACAGCAUCCACCAACGAGCUGGCCUCCCUGGAGAAGACCCCCAGCACCAGCGGAUUCCGUGGGGUCCCCUCGGUCCCCUGCCCUGCGAAGAAGAAACUUCUAUCCUCUAGCGACACAGCAGAGUCGUGUUCGGAGGAUGAGGGCCCCUCUACCUCUAAGAGGAGCCGUCUGGCCCUGCUGGCCCCUGGCUUAGGGCUGGCCUCCUGCAGGGGCACCGAUGCCAAGGCUGCCCCCUUCUGGGGCCACCUGCUGCCAAACGCACAGGGCCGGGACCACGCCAAGAGUGUAUCAGAAGUCAGCAGAACCAGCAGGAGGCUGAAAAGUCGACAGCUGCGUAGUGGACGGCGUACAGACACCUCGUGUCGUUCUGCUCGGUCAGGCUGGCCCUCUUCCUCAAUCAGCCGGUCACUACUGGGCAACUUUGAGGAGUCGAUCUUGAAGGGUCGUUUCUCUCCGUCGGGUCGUAUCGAGGGCUUCACAGCAGAGAUCGGUGCCAGCGGAUCCUACUGCCCUCAACACGCCACUCUGCCUGUACACGUCACCUACUACGACAUCUCAGAGCACAGCGCACCCUCACCCUUCCUGGGGGUGAUCUCCUUGGAGCCUCUUGGAAAGAGGGGAUACAGCGUACCCAAAGCAGGGACCAUCCAAGUGACCUUAUUCAACCCCAAUAAAACUGUGGUGAAGAUGUUCCUCGUGACCUAUAACUUUGGGGACAUGCCCGUCAAUCACAUGACCUUCCUGCGUCACCGCAUCUUCCUGGUUCCCGUGGAGGAGGCGGGGCCAGGUGGGAAGGGGGAGGGGCCUACAGAGCCCAGGGCAACACCCGCAGAGAGGAAGAAGAUUCUCUGCUACUUGAUACACCUCAGAUUCCAGAGCUCCAAAUCUGGGAAGAUUUACCUGCACAACGAUAUCCGGCUGCUUUUCUCCCGCAAGUCCAUCGAGGUGGACACAGGGAUCCCUUACGAGCUCAAAUCUUUCACCGAGGUGCCAAGAAACCCCAAAUACUCCACCCGUGUGUGACCCUACGGCUCCUAAUCCCUGACCCCUAACGCAGCCUGGAAUAGGGCAUAGACAGACUGCUCAGUACAUCGACGAGAAUACUUGAAUAGACUUUACAUACAUACAUACAUACAUACAUACAUACAUACACACACACACACACACACACACACACACACACACACACACACACACACACACAUACAUAAA